UUAUGGUCUUCCCUGGAUAUUUGCCCAGGAGUGGGACUGCUGGAUCAUAUGGUAUCUAUUUUUUGUUUUUUAAGGAACCUCAGUACUGUUCUCCGUAGUGGCUGUACCAGUUUACACUCCUACCAGCAGUGUUGCAUGGCUCCCUUUUCCUCACACCCUCUCCAGUCGUUACUGAUUGUAGAAAAUUUAGAUUAUCAAGGUUUCCAUGACAGGUAGCAGUAAAGUACUGCAGUGAAUCCUUAAACACAUCUAUGUGUUCUAAAAUCUAUUUCUGCAUCUAGCUAGGGAUGUUUUGCUUCUGAAAAUUGAAUAUAACCCAGAUAUAAGUAAUAAUAUAGCAAAACAGUAUACUGAAGUGCUGAAUAUUCAAAGUAUAUUUUUAUUUCUGAAGUCCUUCCUAGUUAGAUCUAGCAUCCUAAAAGUAUGGAUUUAUCCAUCUUACUCAAAUCUUUGUGAAAUAAGACAGGCUUUGAAUGAAUUAAUGAGUAAUCAGUCUUCAAUCCACUUAUAAUUGAAAAUAGCCAAGUCAUUUAUGACAUAUUAUACCAAGAAAUAAAUGUGAUGUGCAGUGUCCAAUACCAUGUGGAUAGUCAGGUGUAUCUCACCAAGUUAAAUAUUUUGUGUUUUUGUCUGGCUCUUAGUAAAGAGGUACACAAUUUUUAAAAGUCAGUUUUAAUAUGAGCAUUGACAUUUUGCAUUUAUUCACUUAGUGAAUAAAUUUUGUAAUAGAAAUAAUUCAUUUAAUAACUUAGAGAAGGAAAUGGCAACACAGUCCAAUAUUCUUGCCUGGACAAUCCCAUGGACAGAGGAGCCCAGAGGACUCUUUAUGAGUCCAUGGGGUCAUGGGAAGUUGGACAUGACUGAGCAACUGAGCACACUUAAUAACUACAAUUUUUUUUUUGUUUAUUUUAUUGGCUAUUAACUUAAAGUAUACUGGAGUUAAACAAGGGAGUUUGGGACUGGAAAUUCUGUUAAUGAAUGUGUAAUAGAGGGUUAAGAGAAGAGAGCUAAGAAAGGCACCAGUAUUUAUAGUGUGGUUAUAGCAAGGAAAGGUGUAGCCUGAGAAGAAAUGGCUAGAGAGAACAGAAGAAAAUGAGGAGAAUACAGUUGAAAAGAAGCAACGAAAGAGACUUCGUCAGUGCUCUGAAGUUAGAUGCUAGUGAGAGGUGAUAUAAGAUUCCUGAAGAAUGGCUGUUAGAUUGAGCAUCAUGAAGACAAAUCAUUGGUGUCCCUUUUUGAGACUGAUUUCUCAUAGCAUGGUGGAGGCACAUUCCAAACUGCUGUGUUUUGUAUAGGAAGUAAAGAAGUGGAGAGGACAGGUACAGCUCGGAGCCAAGAAGUUUGGGUCUGAACAGGAGGAAAGAAAGCAAUGGGUGGAAAGGGAAUUAAUGUCUGAGGGUGACUGACUUGACUGAUUUAAUAUAUUAGGUUGGCAAAAAAGUAAUUGUAGUUUUGGACUGUGAGUUUUAAAUCAUUAUAACUAGGCUCAAACACAUUUUUGUUAAUCAAAAUAGGAGCCAUUACAGUCAACACAUAUUUGCCAAUGAGAAGUAAGUUUGUUUAUUCUUGUAGUGUAAAAGAUCCUUGAUUCACGCAACGUGAUGAUGGAGAACUAUAGUAACUUGAUCUCAUUGGGCCAUUCCAUUUCUAAGCCAGACAUAAUUGUGUUAUUGGAGGAAGGAAGAGACCCUGGAUGGUUGUGAGGGAAGAAGCAAGAAGCUGGAAUACAGAUUUGGAUUCAAGUUAUAAAAUAAUCAGUGACAGAAAAACAUUUAUUUCUGGGAAACAUUCAUCUCUUUUUCUGCAUCAGAUCAUUCAUGGUGGUGAGGAAACCCUAUGAAAAAUGUGGGAAGGCUUUUUGUUGUGCCUCAAACUUUGCUCAACACAGAAGAGUUCUUACUGGAGCAGACUUCCAGGACUCCAAGAUGGUGUCAGUUGUACCACUGAAGGAAAAGAAACUCCUGGAAGUCAAAUUAAGGGAGCUGCCAAGCUGGAUACUAAUGUGAGAUUUCAUCCCUAAAGGCACUGGAGCAUUUCAAAGCGCUUAUUGCCAAUAUUACAACAAGUUAAACAUGAAGAAAGGGAGUGUCGCUGGGCUUUCUAUGGUGCCGGCAGGUUACAUGCUUUUCAACUGUUGCCGUUCUUACAAGGAACUUAAACAAGAGCAGCCAAGCGAAUACCACUGAAGAGGGCACGUUCAACAUUCCCGGCCAUGACCUUUGCCAGGCACCCCUGAAUCCUUUCAUAGCCUAAUGGAGAAUUAACACGCAAAAAAAGAUGACUGGUUAAAAAAAAAAUCUCUCUUAGUAACUUUCAAAUCAAGUAAUAUGAACUAUAAUCACCAUUCUGUAUAUUACAUCCCCAUGAGUUAUUUACUUUAUAGUUGGAAAUUUGUGGCUUUUGGCCUCCUUCACACAUUUCAGCCACUGCUUCUGGCAGCCAUUAGUUUCUUCUCUGUAUCUGUGGCUUCGCUUUUAUCUUUUUGUUCUUGAUUUUUUUUUCCCCCUAGUCCACAUAAAAGUGAUAUCAUACAAUAUUGGUAUAUAUCUUUCUCUGU